GUCCUUCAGAAGCUUGGAAAAGCUGAUGAGACAAAAGACGAACAGUUUGAAGAAUAUGUACAGAACUUCAAACGGCAAGAGGUGUAGUGAAAGCACACACUGUGGAUGCCAGACAUAUGCCCCAGCACCUACCUUUUCUGAGCCCACUAGAUCUAGUUGCAACUGCCAGCAAGGGAAACUUUUUGCCUGAGGAUUUUUUCUGGCCGAGGGUACCAGACUUCAGCGGGAACUCCGAGGAUACUUAGCAGCUAUCAAAGGCAUGCAAGAAGCCUCGAUGAAGCUCACCGAGUCGCUGCACGAAGUCUAUGAGCCUGAUUGGUAUGGGCGGGAAGAUGUGAAGACGGUUGGUGAGAAAUGUGAUGUGCUAUGGGAAGACUUCCAUCAAAAACUAGUGGAUGGGUCCCUGCUGACACUGGAUACCUAUCUGGGCCAAUUUCCUGACAUAAAGAAUCGCAUUGCCAAGCGCAGCAGGAAGCUGGUUGACUAUGACAGUGCCCGCCACCACCUGGAGGCUUUGCAGAGCUCCAAGAGGAAGGACGAGAGUCGAAUCUCUAAGGCAGAAGAGGAAUUUCAGAAAGCACAGAAAGUGUUUGAAGAGUUUAACGUUGACUUGCAAGAGGAGUUACCAUCAUUAUGGUCAAGACGAGUUGGAUUCUAUGUCAAUACCUUCAAAAAUGUCUCUAGCCUUGAGGCCAAGUUUCAUAAGGAAAUUGCCGUGCUUUGCCACAAACUGUAUGAAGUGAUGACGAAACUGGGCGACCAGCAUGCUGACAAGGCCUUCACCAUUCAAGGUGCUCCCAGUGACUCGGGUCCUCUCCGCAUUGCAAAGACACCAUCACCGCCCGAGGAGCCUUCACCCCUCCCGAGCCCGACAGCCAGUCCCAAUCAUACGCUGGCGCCUGCAUCUCCCGCACCAGCACGGCCUCGGUCACCUUCUCAGACGAGGAAAGGACCACCUGUCCCACCUCUGCCUAAAGUCACCCCGACAAAGGAACUGCAGCAGGAGAACAUCAUCAGUUUCUUUGAGGACAACUUUGUUCCAGAAAUCAGCGUGACAACACCUUCCCAGAAUGAAGUCCCCGAGGUGAAGAAAGAGGAGACUCUGUUGGAUCUGGACUUUGACCCUUUCAAGCCUGAUGUAGCCCCUGCAGGUUCUGCUGGAGUGACCCACUCACCCAUGUCUCAGACAUUGCCCUGGGACUUAUGGACGACAAGCGCUGAUUUGGUCCAGCCGGCUUCUGAUGGUUCAUUUAAUGGAUUCACCCAGCCCCAGGACACUUCCUUAUUUACAAUGCAGACAGACCAGAAUAUAAUCUGCAACUUGGCUGAGUCUGAACAGGCUCCACCAGCAGAGCCGAAAGCAGAGGAGCCCCUUGCCGCUGCACCUGCUGAGGACACCCAGGCUGAGGAGCCAGAGAGGGCAGUGGUCCUACCUGGCGCUGAUGCUGACCUGACCGAUGCAACCUCCGUGCCGGCAGCAGAGGGCGCCCCGGCAGAGGAAGCAGAGAAGGAGCCGGAGGCAGCGCUCCCUGCUGGGGAAGGAGCAAGUUUAGAGGAGCCCAAGGCUGAUACCGAAACUGCAGAGGUUGCAGACAGUGACAGAGGUCAACCAGAGGAAACAGAAAGGGCAGCGCCUCAGGAGAAGGUCAUCCCUGCGGUCAUCAUAGAGCCCGCUUCCAACAACGAAGAGGAGGGAGCACACGAAAUCAUGACAGGUGCAGAGUCCCAGGAGGCGACUCAAGACUCGGCCCUUCCAGGCCCCCCCAGCGAGGUGCCCGAGCCGGCUGCUGAGCAGAAGGCCCCUGAGGACUCCCAGCCCGAGCCCUCCGCUCCGCCUGCGAGCCAGGCCUCUCAGGAACUGCCUCCCGGCUUCCUCUACAAGGUGGAAGCACUGCACGAUUUCGAGGCAGCAAAUUCUGAUGAGCUUACCUUACAAAGGGGUGACGUGGUAUUGGUGGUGCCCUCCGAUUCGGAAGCUGACCAGGAUGCGGGCUGGCUGGUGGGAGUGAAGGAAUCAGACUGGCUCCAGUACAGAGACCUCGCCACCUACAAAGGCCUCUUCCCAGAGAACUUCACCCAGCGCCUGGAGUAGGGCCCAGGGGGUUGUAGGAAGACCCUGGUUUUGAGGUUUCUAAACCUUCAUGAAAACCUGAAGAAUUCACUUUUGCUAUUACACUCUUGUGACUUGCAGACUGAUGCCAGAUACAGGUUGGAAGGAUAUAUCAAUGGAGCAUGUGUGCAAAAAAAAAAAAAAAAAAAAAAGGGAAAAAAAAAAAAAAAAAAAAAAAAAAGUGUAAGAAAAAAAAAAAGCAAAUGAAGGAGAAAGUCCUCGCUGGUUGCCAUGUCAUUCAGAACAAGUUUGUUUGUGCUGUGUCCGAGCUGUGGAGACUCUCGUACUUGACCCCCUCCCACCGAUUCUAAAGUAGCUUUCUCCAGACCAGAACCUUAACUUGUGGUACCAAGUGUGUGGUAUGGAGUGGCUGCCCUGCAGCAGACGUGCUGAAUUAUCCUGUAGUACAGGUUGUGUCAUUCCCCAGGGCAGGUGUGCCCACGUGCGCACGCUCCUCUCUCUCUCUUACAAGUUUACUGUGUUUAAAACGAAAGUGCUGCAAACGUUUUCAGUGUUCUUUUCCAACACGCCUCUGUCUCUCUCUCUCUCUCUCUCUCUCUACAUAUAUAUAUACAUAUAUAUGGACACAGUGCACGAGCUAGUUCCCAUCACUCCUGGAUCUAUGUGUAUGCACCAGAGGACAUACGCAUAGUUGCUUUCUUUCCAUUGUAGCCCUUUGCCUCUCCAGUGUCAUUGGUACAUGCAUUGCUCUUAUUCUGUCUGGAGUUGCAGUUGCAGUUUUGCCUCAGAACAAAACCAGCCACCCCAUUGCCAAAACAGUCGACAGUAUCUGUGUUCGUCACGUGCAUUUUUCGGGGUGCUGACCCUUUGGAGAAAGCAGAGCCUGAUUCUCUACGUGUCCGGCUGCUGUGGCUGGAGGCAGGCUGGUCGGGAUGAGCAGCGAACUUCCUAACUUCUGCCUUUAAGAGAUUGGCUAGAUGACGGGGCCUAGAAACCCACCCCAAAAGAACCCUUACAAAGAAGCUCCUCUAUAUUUCCACCUCCUUAUAUUUAUGCGGCUCAUCUUCACAGAUUGUCCUACAGUAAGCUAGGUGAUGUAUGCUGUAUUCACAGAUCAUCUGUAACGAUAAUGUUCUCAGUGCUGUGUCAUUCCGAAUAAACCUUUGGUCUGCUCCAGCAAGCA